CCACCACAUACUUAUCUCGGGCUAUCUUACGCGCCAUCUUAGCUCAGGACAUACAUAUCACACAUCUCAGAGCGACAAUGCCCAAAAGAAAGGCGUCGACGCUGGAAGAGGCACAAGCCAGCAAACAAUCACGAUCGAACAGGACGCAGCAGCAGAGCAUCUACACUUUCAGCAGCGUGUCGAAGCCUGUCGCGCAAGCCAACGAAGGCAAAAAGAGAAAGACGGUGCAUAAACGGGUAGCCACACCGCCUCCACCAUCACCAGCGCCCGUCGUCAAAGCUGCUGCCAUCAAGUCAGUAGCUCCCAAGCGAAAACGCGAUAUCGUCCCGGACAGCGACAGUGAAGAUGGGAUUGUGGUAGUGCAGUCUGCAAACUUGACGGCGCCAGCGCAAUCGAAGCCAAAGUCGACUCCACGGCACAAGCGCGUCAAAAAUGCUGUGCCUCCCACUCCUGUGGAGACGCCGAGCAAGAGCGCCGCCCGCUUGUUCGACAAUCUGAACAUCAAGACCAAUGCGCGGCCCAUUCCCAUUGCUCUACCGAAGAAGCAGCUCGACUACGACACGCCUCCUGAGACGCCCGACGAAGAGACAGAGCUGGACUUUUCCAUGCCCUCGGAAGUGGAAGAUCUACAGGAUCUAUACGCAUCUUUCCUGGCAGCACUCUCAAUGCACUACUCUCACAACGGCACGUCGAUCGCCCCACAGAUCUUGCUCCUUCUGCCCACGAUCACGAAACACUGGAAGAAGCGCAAUGUUACCCAGCUCGACUUGCAACGCGUCCUUGCCAUUGUACCAAAACAACACCGCGACUUUGUUCUGGAGGACCAUGGAAGAGGAGGAAUUCGGCUUGCACGCUUACAAUCUCGAGGACGCGGUCUGAAGCGUGCAGCGAGCUACAUCGACGAAGAGGAGGCGAACAAUGUAUUCGGAGAUGCGCUGGACAAGAUGUGGCAUCAAUGGCAAGCGAGCACAGCCAAGGAGAACAGAACAGCAGCUAGGUUCCUCGACCAUCUGCCACUGCUAGAAAUCAUCCAGUGUGAAUCCACGCAAAAGACUUCUGCAUUAUUUGCACGUGGCGAGCAACGGUUGGCAGAUCUCAAAGCUGGACAAGCCGCCAAGGUCGAGUCGAAGACUGCACAAGCCGAGACGACCGUGCAAAGAUCCGCUCAAUCGACUGCAUCUCGUAGCACAGCACUCCUCGAUCGUAUCAUUGCGAAACAAAACCUAGCAUCCAAACUUCCCUCUGGACCGACCAAAGCCGAACUUGAACGCAAAUCCGCUCUUCAACGCAUCGAAGACAUUGCUCGUGUCCUCUCGCUCAUGUGCGGCAUGAAAGAACGCAGCAGUUUCAGCAGGCAAGCAGUCACACAACAACUCCAGCAGAGUCUUCGUAAUCCCAUCAGUACUGUGGAAGUCUGGAGGUGUAUAACACUGAUGGCUUCCGAGAUCUCACCCGAGUUUGUAAAGGUCGUGCAGAGCGGAGAAGUGCAGGGCGUGAUUGUGAUACGGGAUGGGAAUGUUGGACUCGCAGAUUUGAGGGCUCGAGUGCAAAAGGCGUGCGAGAGUGAGAAAUAGAUCAUGAUCAUGGACCAUUUUAUCAUGAAUGCAUCAAAAUUACGAUUUCCC